AUGUCACAGGACCCGCUUGAGACCGCUGCGCUCAUCGACGAGAGCGAUGCAACAACAGACACGGUCUUAGCCCUUCUACAGAGUAUGUACUGGGAAGGAGUUCAGAGGGAGAUUUGCAACAUGGUUCUAGCUCUGAAGGAACUCUCGAAUCUACAGCCAGAGCCGCUACCACAAGAAGCCAGUGCGACUAGACUGGAAAGCCAACCUUUCAACAACAUUUUCAAUCUUUGGUCACCGCAACACAAAGACCCCAGCAUGUUUGAUUAUAAGUCGGCAUAUAGGACGACCGUCCAGGCUGCGCAGGCAAGAAUCUCCGAAAAUCUCGAAGGCCGCAGAGCUCGGGCUAUGCUUCAAGCUUCAGGUAUUCUGGAUAUCGAUUUGGUCCAUGAGAAAACUCUAGACACGAUAAUCAGGCGCCAUCAACAUAAUCCACAAUCGCAGCGCAAGUUUGAGAGGGAACUGGACCGGAGACAUGACGCAAGCGUCAAAGGCCCAAAAGGGCAAUUCCAACGACUUGCAGCGAAGGUUCUCGAUCCUUCUCACACGGUUGCUGCUGGGCCCCUCCACUUCACAGUAAUGUUCGGACCCCUUCUCUUUGAAAAUGGAGCAUCCCCGAGUCGUCCUGAAGCUUCGAUAACUUCAAGACCAAUUCCAAGUUUUCGUUACGAUAACUCCACCUCACUUCUAUAUGGCACCACAGGUCGAGCGACUGGCGCGAACAAGGUGUUGGCAGGCUAUUUAUACCAAAGACACGAUGACAGCUCUCGAGUGUUGAGCAAGGAAUCCAAGGACCAUGACAACCAACGUCAGUUCCUUGCGUGUAACAAAAGGAUCCUCGGUGGCGCCUUUUCGGGCCACAACAGCCACUGGCAACAGAACGAAGCUGAUAUCGUCCAACUACUGGUUAAAACCUCGAAAGGCUUCGGAUACAUUCCUUCAAAAUCUGUACUGUCUAACCGUUGCAGGCUGUCCAAUGCUUGUAAGCCAAUUGUUGGGCUCAUAAAGGAUGCAUUCGGGCAUGAGGUCGACCUCCACCUCAAACGCUUCUCGUCCAGGCUCAUGGAUAACUCUGUCAAGUUGAAAUGGGACUUGCAAUUGAACAACUGUCAGACCUUUGCUGUCAACCUGAUCAGCGACAAAAUCUUCAACGGGCUCUUCCACCCUAUUCCCCGAAACUUCGUGACCGAAGAAAGAGUCAGACUGGCCCAGAACUAUCCGAUGCCGAGGUACCUGCUCAGCUUCGGCACCAGCAUUGAUACACCGAUCGCUUUACUGAGACCGCAAGCUCGAAGUCUGAUCUGGAAGUUCUAUCAUCGGAAACGAGAUGACUGUGACAUCAUUGAAUUUGGUCAGAAUGCAGCAAUGCAGAAGGAGCCUGAACUCGCCUCCAGCUGGCAACUGCUUUGUUCCGUUAUGAUCGAUUCCCACAGCCAUGGUCCAGUCAUGGUACCUUCGGAGACGCUGUGGGAAUUACCUCGUGAUUCCAUCUCGAUCCUUCAGACACAUAUUCUAAGGAAACAAGAAAGAUACUCCAGUACCAGCGGCUAUGCGUUAUCGAAGAUGGAAUGGAUAGAGAACAGGCUCAGCGUUCUGAACAGCAUCAACUCUUUUCUCAGCCUUGCCGGUAGUAUGGGCGCCACAGACAUGAAGAUCAUGACAGAGAACUUCUCCGUAUUGGAAGACACCUGGUUCCCAGAUGCCGAACGAAAGAAGCACGAGAUGGUCGCAGGUGAGGAUGGCUAA